AUGGAGGAAAUAAGAAAGCUUGUAGAUACCUUGUCGCCAAGAACUGCACAUCAAUAUCGUUCCUACUGCAAGAGAUAUGUUGAAUGGCUUGUCCAAAAAGGUAUAGUUGAGCAGGAGCUACGAGAAGAGACCCUUGAUGCGGAGCAGUAUGCCAAAUUACCCAUUUCUACGCAGUUGGUACAUUGGCAUCUAAUCGAUACAAUGGGAACUGGUUCAUUACCUUCGAUACGUAAAUGUAUCUCAUCAUUAAAGUUUCUUGAUAAACUGUGUUCAAUUCAUCGAGAGGUCGAUGCUUCUACUGGCGACACUGCUGCUGUAACUAAACUAGAUGAAAAAUACCUCGAAAAUAUCACGAGAGUCAGAGAGGUGAGGGAACAAGAGGAAGAACAAGGCCAGUUGGCCCAAAAUUUACACAUAAUUUCUGCCAACCUAUGGAAUCCGCAUUCGCAGUUACCUGAAAAGUACUUUCGUAACUGUUUUGAGCAAUUACGCUUUUUGGUAGAUUUCCAAUGGAGACUGUAUACAAAAAUGAGUUACAUGCAGCGAUCUCGAAUCCGAAUCGCGGAACUGGUAGGUCAUGCAGAUGGCGGUGGUAUUUCUGUUGAGCUAGAUACAUGGAGCCAACUGGGGGAAUAUGUAAACGGCGUGGAACCGCAGCUCAGAAGUCGACAACCGGUUAUUGUAGUGUCGCAUGCAAAUCCAUUAGUGUGUCCUUUAGUUUCUCUUGCGUCGUACUUUUUUCUUCGUUUUCAUGACGGUGGAGGGUUCCCGGAGUUGCGAGAUGCAAAUGGCUCUUGGCGUGAAAUGCCAAUAGUAAGAGGUAAAUCGCCUGGGGACUAUCCUCGGGAAGAGACCCUGGGGAACUAUUAUGCGGCGGUGUUUCGGUACUGUAGGCUGAAUUACAAACGGCGAGAAUGGUUUGGCCAGAGUAAAUUGCAGUACCCAUCAUGGAGACCGGAGGAGUAUGAGUUCUUCAAGCGGUACCAACCGGAGUUGCAGGAAGCGUUCCCAAUGAAUGUUCCUCGGGAUUUUGUCGAAUGUUUUAAUCUGGGGGUGGGCCGUGGUACUGUUGACGAUAAAAUUGUGGGGGGGAGACGUGAUUUACUAGUGCAAUUGUUUCCGGAGAUCGAGUCUUACAAGCGUCAUGGCGGAUUAGAUCAAGAUGCGCAGAGGUUUGUAGAUCUGAUUGAAGUUUUAAGAAUCCAUCUUUUGAGGGCGCUACCCGUCUUGUAUCGACUGUUCCCUGACCAUGAUUUGUUCAAGACGGAUACUUUGAGUAAACCUGAUUUUAAGUCCUUUUAUGCAGAUGUUGAGACGAAUGACUACGGUAUGGGGGAACUAGUGUUGGGGCAGGGGUUACAGGAAAAUGAAAGGGAGAGAGAAUCUGUGCCAAUUCCUGCCCCGGCUUCUUCGAGUGAUGUAUUUCAACUGGUUCAAUUUCAAACUGUGUCGAAUUUUGAGAUUCUUUUAAAAUUACUUUCACAAAUUUUUGAUAGACUGGAGAUGAAAAAGAGUUCAAGAGAAUUUGCCAUUCAUCAGUUGUCUUUAGUGCAUGAUACUCUUAGGGAUAGGAUUAAGUCGUCUAAGCCAGGUGAUGAAAAAGGAUUCGGACAAGAGGAAGAUGAGGAAGAGGAAGCUAGUGAAGAUGAGGAGGAGUUGAAAAAUAUGGUUGAACAGUUAGUGAACGCUCAGAUAAGAACUCAGGUCAGUGCAUUGGAAAAUAGGUUGGAACGGUUAGUUGAUGAGAAGAUUGAUGCUAAAUUGGAGAAGUUGUUGGGGAAAAGGUCCGCCGAGGAAGAUGGUAGAGUUGAAAAAAAAUUGAAGCCAGAUCUAGAACCUAAAGAACCUUCUGUCUUCAAAUUGGAUCCUGAUAUUGAGAGCGUAGAAGCUGUGGUUUUAGAGUGGUUCACGCCGAAUCCAAUGAUGGGUAAUGAAUGUGUUCAUAGUAUGAAUAAAAAGGAUAAAAGCUGGAGAAAUGGAUUUGAAUCACUUUAUAAGGAGAGGAAAACGAUUGUGGAGUUUUAUAUAUAUCUGGUUAAUCACAGAGGAAUGGAUAGGUAUAAAGCAGUUGAUCUUUGUGAAAGGAUUAGAGGUGGUGGUGAUUUGACCGAUUUUGCACAAUUGGUAAAGGAUUGGAGACGUGAACAUGAGACGUUCGAUGGGUUGGGAGAUUUGUAG